GCUUCAGGGAUUUUAUCUGCAUACUGUGUCCGGUUCUACCGGGGGAUGCUAACGGAAUAACGACUACAGUCAUGCGUUCAUCAACAGACGAAAAAUAAACAUUGCAACGGUGUCAUUCCGUUCAUAAUAGUAAUAUUUUCAUCAUAGUAAUAUUUGAUGAAAUACCGUGUGGAAUAAGCAGCUACAUUUGACAUUUUGGGAGAUUUGACUACUGCACCUACACAGCAGACGACCACCAUGGCAGACAGUUUUAUGGGCAAGGCGGCUACCAUGGAGAUUCCUAUCAACAGCAAUGGAGAGACCCUGGCCGAGGAUGACAGUUUGGAGCAGGUGGGUCAUAUGGCUGCAAAGAUUCAGUGGACCUUAGAUGAGAAGGACCUGCAGCAGGUGAUGGUGUCUGGUCCCAACCUGAAUGAGACCAGCAUCGUGUCUGGAGGCUACGGAGGACCUGCAGGGGGCAUCAUACCCACCUCCUCCAUCAAAGACCUGCGAAUGAAUUCCAGGGGACAGGGUGUAGGUCUGGUCCCCAGCCAGUCAGCAGCCAGCAGGAUAGCCAACCAGAACCAGACCGACCAGCCAUUCACAGGGUCGGGGAUGCACCACAGUAACAGCAACCAGAACAUGUCAGUGGAGGAGGCUAACCGUGGUGUGGCUGUGGAGAAACUAGACAGYGUUAAGAAGUGGGGCAUCAACACCUACAAGUGUACCAAGCAGAUGUUCUCGGAGCGGUUCGGCCGUGGUUCUCGGACGGUGGACCUGGAGCUGGAGGCCCAGAUAGACGUGCUCAGGGACACCAAGAGGAAGUACGAGUCUGUCCUGAGACUGACCAGCGCCCUGACCAGCCACUUCUACAACAUGGUCCAGACCCAGCAGGCCCUGGGGGACACCUUCGCGGACCUCAGCCAGAAAUCACCUGAACUACGGGAUGAGUUUGGCUACAACGCGGAGACCCAGAAGUUGUUGUGUAGGAAUGGGGAGGCUCUUCUUGGAGCCAUCAACUUUUUUGUGUCCAGCAUCAAUACACUGGUCAACAAGACCAUGGAGGACACACUGAUGACCAUCAAACUGUACGAGGCUGCAAGGCUGGAGUUUGAUGCGUACAGGGCCGACCUGGAGGAGUUGAGUCUGGGUCCUCGUGAUGCUGCCACCAUGGUGCGUAUAGAGGUGUCCCAGCAGCAGUACCAGGUGCAGAGAGACAAGUACGAACGGCUGCGCUCAGACGUCACCAUCAAACUCAAGUUCCUGGAAGAGAACAAGGUGAAGGUGAUGCACAAGCAGCUGCUCCUCUUCCAUAAUGCUAUCUCAGCCUACUUCGCUGGGAACCAGCAGCAGUUGGAACAGACACUGAGACAGUUCAACGUCAAGUUAAAGCCCCCAGGGUCAGACAAGCCCUCCUGGCUGGAGGAGAGCUAGAGUGAUCAKCUCCCAGUCUUCUGGGCCCGUAUCAAGCCUCUCCGAGUACGAAUACUGAUCCAAGAUCAGUUUUGCCUUUUAGAUCAUAAUGAAUCAGAUUAUAUGGACAGGCAGGACUUGAUCUUAGAUCAGCACUCCUACUCUGAGAUGCUUGAUACAUACGGCCCCAGGUCUCAGUCAGGUCUCUGGUAUAUUAGGGACACAGACGGAGAGACACACCGGGGUUGGAAGAAACAAGAGGAAUGGAUGGAUGAGUAGACGGAUGAACGGAUAUAUGAAACCUACACAAACUGUAUAUACAAACCAGAGAUGGGACAAGUAGAGACUAGUGAUGAUGAUACUAUGGGGAAAAGAACGCUUAUCACUUACAUUUAGUUUUGCCAAUACAUUGCUCAUUUGUUUAUAGAAUGUCUAUUUUAUGUUGAUUUGUUGUGUUAAUAAUUAUUCUCAACAGAGCGUCAUUAUGUUGUUGCUAUCUAGCGUAACUUUUAAUUUAUCAUACUUUGAGAAGUUAUUCUAAGAUUAUACUUUGCACAUAAAUGUAAUCAUUAUUUUCAAACUGUUUUCGCUCUUUUGUAAAGCGUUAUGUAUGUAAAGCAUUCCAGAGGUCAUAAUUUAAAAGGUCAGUAAACUGUUUACAUAUGUAGAGGAUAUUAAGAAUAGGCUAUGUAUCUGGACCAGUUACAUUGUUUCUACCUGGUGACGAUUAGAGGUAUAUUUAUUAAUGAGCAAAGGGAGAAGCCUACAGUCUGUGGUAUACUAUUGAUGACAGAAGUUAUGGGUUAAAGGGGCAAUCCCGGAUUUGUAAAACAAAGCAGUCAACAAUCAAUGGCUAUAUAUCAUGAAUUUAAAAGUCAAAACAUGUAUUUGUACCAAUCCCAGAUUGCCCCUUUGUCUACCAAUCAGGAAAUACAACUUUUGCAUUUACAAUAAUCUCCCUCUGGUUAAUCCUGCAUAUCAUUUUAUUACACAUGUAUUGUCUUUAACAUAUCCAAUAUCUCAAUAAUCAAAUAGAGUUAACAUUUGUUCAUAAAAAUACCUUGACUUGGGCCUCCCGAGUGGCGCAGCGGUCUAAGGCACUGCAUCGCAGUGCUUGAGGUGUCACUACAGACCCGGGUUCGUUCCCAGAAUGUGUCACAACCGGCCGUGACCAGGAGUCCCAUAGUCCUAGCGUCGUCCGGGUUAGGGKAGGGUUUGGCCGGCACGGAUGUCCUUGUCCCAUCGCGCACUAGCGACUCCUGUGGCUGGCCAGGCGCAGUGCACGCUGACACGGUUGCCAGGUG